UAAUUAAACGAUUUAAUCGCGCUUAAUGAAGACUCAUCGAGACUAUAGUACCUUCCACAAAGAGACAAUAAAGUUUGUGUAUUAAUUCACACAGUUGUCUUAUCUUAUCUAUUUUUAACCAUCAUCAUCCGGUAUUUUGUUUAUUGGAUGUAAAGCAAGCAACACGUUUUAACCGAAAUUUUCCAAAGCGGAGAGUAUCACUUGCAUAUCUUUGCUAGAAUUGUAUCGGUAAUGGCUACGAGAGGUUCUUUCAGGAUGCUCGUAGCAACUUUCAUAAGUGUAUCACUGAUUUGUGCAAUUUUUGGCGCACCCUUAAAUGAUGCUGGCACGUCCGCCAAUGUAAUGGAAUGGCAACAGGCUGGGAAAUAUUUCCAGGGUGACAUGGUCCUUAACAGCGAGCAGACCGAGGCUCUGGACACUGAUAAAACAGACCACACUGCGCUGAUUGGUCCGCAAUACCUUUGGCCGCAAAACACCGUGUACUACGUGAUCAAGACCGAGGACUUUACUGCUCAGCAACAAGCUCAAAUCAAGGCGGGAAUGGCGGAAAUCGAGGCAAACAGUUGCAUCAAAUUCGUCCCGAGAACGACCCAGAAGAACUAUGUGUACAUAACCGGCAACAAUAGCGGAUGUUGGGCUGUGCUGGGCUAUCAAACGAAUGACAUCAACUACCUGAACCUGAACGGGUGCUGGGUCCACGGAAGUAUCGUGCACGAGUUGCUGCACACCCUCGGGUUUGUCCACAUGCAGAGUUCGUCCGAUCGGGACUUUUACGUCACGAUCGAUUGGAGCGCCAUCCAGGACGGGGCGGACGGCAACUUUGUCCGGUACUGGUCGAUUCAGAUCAACGACCUGGGCGUCCCGUACGACUACGAAAGUGUGAUGCACUACGGGGCGACGGCCUUCGGCAAGAACGGCCAGCAGACGAUCAUCCCGCACGAGCCCGGAGUCCAAAUUGGGCUGCGCGAAAAAAUGAGCUUCAAGGACAUCAAGCGCCUGAACAAGCUGUAUCCGCAGUGUAACUGAGGUUUAGACGGGAUUGGAUGACAUGGGGAAAACAUAUUAUUCGAACUAUAACUUUGUAGUGAGCUGUUUCGCAUUGUUUCAUGUUACAUAAACUUAACUGUUUCAUAUUUGUGGUUUUGGUCAUAAUCUUAAACUUUGCAGGAAAAACAAAUUUGAUGAGUCAAAACCAGUUUUGUA